GUAAUAUUACAUGCACAUUGCUGCAACUGAAACCUUGACUGUUUACAAAAUCAACUUGUUGGGAUAUAGCCAGACUGAUUCAUCCAGAGGUGAAUAAAAUGGCAUAAAGCUAUUUCAUAAAUGCAGUACUUUGUGACAAUAUUUUGUUAGUUUUUUAUGACUAUUCUUGUGUGUGUGUGUGUGUGUGUGUGUGUGUGUGUGUGUGUGUGUGUGUGUCGCUUUCAGAAAUCUGAUUGCCAAGAAAAUCAUUAGAUAGGGUUGUUUUUAAACUACAAAUGGAAUGUCCCCUUAUUUUUCAUUUUAUUUUCCCAACUUUUAGUUAUUUUGAGUUCCCUGGUUCACUCGAUGAUGUAAAGAGGCAUCAGGUUUGCUCAGCAUGUCACUCAAAACUUAGCACCCGGUACUAAACGUCUAUGCUGUGUGACUUCACCUCUAUGGCAGCAACAAAGAAUUAGCCCAAGAAACCCACAGACACGGCGGGAGACAAUGCGUGGUUUUAAAAGGAAAGAUAUGGAGCAAUGACAAAAUCCUCCCUUUUGAUCGUAAAAUAGUCCCGGUUAUACUGGGCUAUCAACAGGAGUUCUUAGAGAAUAGUGUCAUGUCAUUUCGUCAAACCAAAUGGAAAGGCUGAGUGACAGGGAAAUUCCUUCUCUAGUCUGAUGAGUGUUGACGGCUGAACGCAGAGCCGGAGUACAUGGGGGUUUGGGACUCAGGGAAAUUGCUCGGCGGCUCCUUUGCGAUGCGCGCUGCUGCUGCUGUGGUUACAGAUUCAUUCAAAGGGCUGUGGGGCAAAGCCGACGGGCUCUCUGUACCUCAGCUGGGGUAGGGAGAGGAGCCUGUCGAGACUUUCAUUUGGAGAGUCGGCUGCCCUGAGCCCACUCUGCAGGGCCCGACUGGUGUGUGUGAGGGGUUUGCCAUUGACUUCACCGCGGGUCUCAGGCGUUCAGGGGCUUGCCCAGGGCCCUGGCUGGCAUCCGACACUCGGCCGAGAACGUGUCUUCGGGCAGCACUGGGGCGCGUGCCCUGCGCUGGGACACGCGGCUCGGGUCCCACCACCACCACAUUAGCACUGCCCGGCGGGACCUGCGCCGCCCGCCCCCUGCCCAGCCCGUCCGGGACAGAAGGAUUCGCUCCCUUGCGACGUUGUUAGUCACCCGAUUGUAAAGCACAACAACGCCCUCGCCUUUGUGCAGCGGGGCGCGCUGUAUAUUUACUGUCCUCGCCUGCUACUUCCUUGUUCCCCCAGCGGGCCAGGUGCCGUAAACCACCCUGCGGGCACCACACCUGGCCCUGCGGAUGUCAAAGGAAGAGGAGGAGAUGCGGCUGCUGUCUGCCCAUUCCCCGGGCCAAUACCCCCCACUGGCACCAGCAACCCUGACCUGCCACCCCGCCCCGCUGCUUGGCACCUGGGUGCCUGGCUUGGGGGCAGCCGCAGCGUCCCUGGCUCUGGUGGUGUGUGAUGCCCUGGGUGCCAGCCAGAUGCCAGGCGCCUGCGUGACUCCCCAAGGGAACUGCACCCGUUUCCCGUUCUUCUCGGACUUCAAGGGCCAGAACAAGGUGGCCCUGAGCGCCGUGGAGACCGCCGUCCUCUCCUGCAUCUUCCUGGUGUCCCUGCUGGUCAACAUCUGCGCCAUCUCGCUGCUCGCCAGGAAGAAGAAGAAGCUGCGCACCGCCAACUGCCUGAUGCUCAACCUCUUCUGCGCGGACCUGCUCUUCAUCAGCGCCAUCCCCGCCAUCCUCGUGGUGCGCUGGACCGAGUCCUGGGUGCUGGGGGACGUCGUCUGCCACAUGCUCUUCUACGUGAUAAGCCUCAGCGGCAGCGUCACCAUCCUGUCGCUGGCGGCGGUCAGCCUGGAGCGCGUGGUGUGCAUCGUCCGGCUGCGGCACACUGCCCGCUUCAGCUGCAAGCUGCUGGUCGGGACCCUGCUGGUCAUCUGGGGGCUCGCCGCCCUCGCCACCCUCCCGCUCUGCCUCUUCUUCAACGUGGAGCCCCUGCUCAUGCACGGCAAGGAAGUUCAAAUUUGCACCUUGGUUUGGCCCAGCAUUGCAGGAGAAAUCUCUUGGGAUGUAACAUUCACCUUUGUGGUCUUUGUAAUACCAGGAUUAGUCAUUGUGAUCAGUUAUACAAAAAUUUUACAGAUUACAAAAGCAUCAAGAAGAAGAUUAAAUGUCAGUUUAGCCUACUCAGAAAUUCAUCAGAUCCGAGUCUCCCAACAAGAUUACAAGCUAUUUCGAACUUUGUUUGUGCUGAUGAUCUCUUUCUUCAUCAUGUGGGGUCCAAUUGUCAUCACUAUUCUCUUAAUUUUAGUUCAGAACUUCAAACAUGAUUUGAAUAUUUUGCCAUCAUUUUUCUUCUGGAUAAUGGCAUUCACUUUUGCCAACUCUGCCGUCAAUCCAGUUUUGUAUAAUGUUACCCAUUUCAGACACGAAUGGCGGCAAUUUCUUUUGUGUUGUGCAGCUCUUCCUGGACGGAGAAUGACACAUACAGAAACCACAGGAAGAAGAAAUGACCACAGAGAAUCUAACUUAUCUGUAAUUUACAAAUAAGUAAUGUAUGAACUAUGUUUCAGCUGUUGCUUUGGCUGCUAAACCAUACACUUUCCCACACUGACCAGCUCACCAUUUUAUAGUAUUAUAUGCUAAAGAAAGCAGAUAGGAAAAUAAUUAUAUCUAUAGUUCAACUUCUACAAUCCUAACCCAGGCAAAAUUCUAUUGUCUUGGGAGUUUUGCCUGAGUAAGACUGCAGAAUUUAACCCUAUUGGCCUAAUUCUCUUCUCACAAUGAUGUAAUCAGGAGUAACUUCACUGACAUUGGUGGAGGCACAGUAAUGUAAAACAGUGUAACUUUGGAGAAGAAUUGGUCUCUAUGGGGGCAGAUUUUCAGAUGGUGUAAAUUGUCCACUGACUACAGUGGAACCAUGAAAAUUUACAGCAGCUGAGGAUAUGCCCCAGUUUUACUAUCCAUUUGCCAGUAAGAAUAGAAACCAACUUUUAAUGGGUGUAAAAAGUGCACUCAAAAAUUUCCAUGCAGUCACUAAGCCCAUAAAAUAAAAAAAGGCAUUUCAUGCAUAAAUCAGGUGACUGGCUGCCUGAACAUACUUUUGUGCAAACUACCUUUAUGCAUAACAUGCCAAUCUGAGUAGGCAGAUGUGGUUUUUGCUGGUUCAAUGAGCGCAUGAUCAUUUUUGCUGGUAUGUCCUACGUUUGAAAAUGUGGUCCUUAGAACUAGUCAAUCUCUGGCACCAUUUUGCUGGAUUCAGCAAUGUUACAGUAGAUAGAAAUGAUUAUUUUUCUUAAGAGUGUAAAAACAGGGUCAUUACAAAUGGUGCAUUUUUACACAUCUUGAGUCAAGAAUGAAUGCAAUAAAAUAAAGCUAUUCUGUGAUGUGA